UAUGUGUCAACUGUACGAAAAUGGUGAAUGGCUACUACUUUGUGUCUGCUAGGAAAAUCAGUUGGUUCAAGAGAUCCCAUAGCCAAGCAGUAUCAAAGAAAUCGGCACUAUAGUUGUACCCUGCCUUUUCGGUAGCGAAUUUGUAAACUUACUAGUUAACCAUUUUGACAAGGUGUUUUGAAGCACUAUAGACUAUUGAAUGUGAAAUAUGUACCCAGGAUUAUUAACUUUAAUGUAAAAAUUCUACAAUAUGAAUAUUAUUGAAGACACUACACAAUUAGUGAAUGAUUAGCACAAAGUAUUUAUCAUGUUAGACACUUAACAAUAAUGAUAAUUACUUCACGCAGGAGGAGUUUCCAUUUUAAAUUUCCUGAUGUGACCACUAAUUUUCUCUACAGUCUAGAGGAAUUAUAAAAGCAGUCAAAUUUUUAAAAAAUAAAUAAAUAGAUUAAAAUCACGAACGGAACUGAGGAAAGUGAAUGUAUGGGAGAUAAUUUGAAAUGUUAGUACAUCUGUACAGUUAACGCUCGGAGGCUCAGAUUCUUUGAUUGCAGGAAUGUCUAAAUGGAUUGUAAUUUUGAAAAACCAACAUGGAAAUUUGUAUUUAAUCGUUGCUGUAAAGCAACAGUCGACUAAAACGGUCUCAGGGAAGGAGUCUUCAUAUAAUUUUACAAACAGGUUCCUUUUCAUGAGAAAGUGUUAACCCCUCGUGUUUUUUGUGUCUAAUUGCUUAAGGAAGAAAAGAUUAGUCAACUUUUAUGGCAGUGGCAAUGCAUUCUUGCUUGACCAGUCCGUAAGUUUAAGACAUUUUUUCUGAAAAACUGGCGUGGUUGAAGACUGUAAUAAUAAGCGUUAAUUUUAAUCAUCUUGCUAGCAAAAGAAUAUGUGUAUACAGUCAUACCCUCGGCGCAUGCUUUUAAAAAAAAAAAUAACUACUUAUCAAUAAACGUGAGAAAGCAUAAUAAAUAAUCACGAUGACAUGUAAUUUACUACAGAAAUCAUGUACUAAUGUGGGUAUGAACAAUUAUAAAACUGCUAUUCGUAUCUUUUUUUUUUUCAAAAGGCAGGUUUUAAAGUUUUGUUUUGAGCGAAUUUAAACAAGUUCACUUCACGCAUUAAUCUGGUAAGUUAACACAGUUAAGUACACUUUUCUGUCCUUGCCAUGUUCAAUUCGCCGCAUAGUUUAGAAUUUUUUAGACCAGCCCACGAAAAACCUUUGCCCACCCCGGGUUUGCACAGUACAGGUAGGGCGAACCAUGUGUUCCCCAUCCACACCCACAUACCAUUACCACCACCACCACCAGAUACGGUUGACUAAAUUCAUAAGGCGAAUGCUACUAUUUAUCAAAACUCAAAUCCUUCAACUGACUUUACAUUUUUAUGAUCAUCAUUCCUUGCCAUGUGUAUGCAGCAGUAAAACAGGGAGUGGAAAAGAAAAAGAAUUCUCAUUAAAACGUCUUAUACUUUGUUCCGUGUACUCUUUGUGCGUGUAAGCUAUCAAAGGAUUUCGCAAUAUGUACACAAAGUAGCUCUACCCAAGCCCUUUAUUGCCCCAUGUUAUCGCUUCAAAACUUGUUGACUCACUUCACACAGGCCUGGACUCGUUUUACCUGACAAGCAUCGGGUAUUCCCAUGACUAAACUCUUGAUAGUUAAAUAUUUGUCUUUGCCUGGCUCAAGCUUAUUUUGUUAUCAGCCUUACUAGUUUUCAUAUAUAAAGUAUAUCAAAAGUACUUUUGAGUUUACCACAUCAAUUAGGCUAUGUGUAUUUUUGUCUGUUCGUUUUGCGUUUAUAAACUUUAAACGGAAUGAACCUUGCAUACAAAAUUUCUCAGCCCAGAAACAACUGGGGCUGUCGGUAGAAUGUCUCUCUAAACGGCUUGUUUUCAAUGAUGGUGGUAAGAAAAGCAUCAAAAUGCAUACAUUAAAGCAACACCUGAUCUAUGGCAUGUUUAAAUUAUAUAUGCAGUCAAUUAUUCCUUUGCCUACAGUUUGCUUCUGUCGUUACAAUGAAAUCGGAAAUUACAAGGUGUAUCACUCCUUACACUCCUUAAUUUUCGAAAACAGGGUGUAGUUUUCUUUUUACUUCUCACUAACGUCCUUGUUGUUGAAGUCCGGGAAUGCAAAAAAAAAAAAAAAAAGGAAAAAAAAACAACACAGAUGACAGGUAAGUCAUAACCUUUGGCUUCCUGUCUGACACUCCUUUACUGCUUCGGACGAGCCCGUUCCUUCUGUCAACACCUCUUGGGACACUGAUACUAGUGUUCUUUUAUGGAAUUGAGGAAACUUCACUCAAAUCGUGGUACAUCUAAAGUUGACAAUAAAAUAAAAAGUUUCAAGAGCUUGCGUGAGAAAUCUUUCUCUGGAUUCGCCGGGUCUUCACGAUAGUAAGUACAUUCAAUAAUAUACAACCACGUAUAUGUUCAAUCAUUGUUAUUUUCUUUUGUUACUAUUAGCAUAACUCUCACGACUUUCUUAAAAACGGUUGAACUCAAAACGAGUGUAAAAUUCCCAAAUCCCUAACAUUGGAGGAUCAAGGAAAACAAGGACACAAAUGCCCUCUGUGGUUCGUUUGAAAACGAUAAAUAUAUAAAAAUACUACUAGACAUGUAAACCGAUUACUCAGUCAAACGUCCUGAAGUGUUUCCGGCAACUUUAACUGUGUUUUUUACCAUUAAGCUUGACUCUUUUCGAUUUCCUUUUAUUUGAUUAAAAAAAUACAAGUGCUACCAUUUCCAUUUAUUUUUAAUUUUUCGACAGUCACGUCGAAUAAUUGUCUUUAUUUAUUUUUUUUUUUUUAACCAUAGACGCGUUCAUCUAGAAUUGAAAUGAUGACUUGUCCUGUUCCUGGUUAGCUCCGGAGCAACUUGUCCGUACCCAAUGAGAUGUUUGUUUAUCCAGGAAGCAGGUUAGCUUGUUCUUACACUCCCCGCUUGACUUCUAAGCGGAAGGGCGCACCAGUGACCGGAGACACUUCCUCUGUCCAUAGAGUAACAAAUUGUUACCUGUUAUGAUCUAUGAAAGUGGGAAACGAUUUAUUUCUCAUUAUAAAUGCAUAAAUACAAUGACUUUUUUGGUGUUGGUUGGAGGGGGGGGGGGACUUGCAAUUUAAUUUCGGAAAACAAACGAGUUUUUCAUACAGCUAGUUACUUAUUUGGUCACUUCAGCCUCUGAGGUUACAGGUAUUACCGUAACUACCUGUCGGCACUCACAUCUAUGUGUGCGCUUUAUACUUUUUUGUCACAAUUUGUAAGUCAUAAAGAUGACCUCGGGGCUGAAGCGCUGGGCCCCUUCGAGAGCGGGGCUUAGGUCGGCCGCCCCACUUGCCACCCCCAAAGGCCUCCGCUGAGUACACGCCCACCCAUCUCAUUCGGGGAAGUCCCAUUAUAAGCAUAUACUGACACAUAAUGACGAGAGCAACUAUAAAACAUGCAGUUGAGUUGCAAGAUUGUUCACGCGCAGCACUGCCUAAAGAGGAGACAGGUGUCUGAGACCAAGCAAACAUCUCCAAGACAUCACAUAGCUAAUGAGACAGAGAAGACCUCCGUGUACCUCCGACAUCUCACUUCGACUUUCAACUGUAGCCAUUCUUCAUGGUCGUGUUCACUAGUGUUGGUAGCCCGAAGAGGCACAUAGAUGACGAUGAGAGCGACAGUGAUGAUGCUGCCAUGGAAACAGAUGGGCCGCCGUCAAGGAAAGAAAUCCGACUAGAACAAGACCUCCGACAUGUAAGUUUGUGCCAGAAGUCGUGCGGACAGCUCAUUCCAGUUUCUGAUGACCAAGAGAUGGAACCAAUGGAAAUAGAGGACUUGUUAUUCAGAAGUCAAGAGGGAAGACCGCCAGGCGAGAAUUCGGCCAACAAUGAGAACCCAUUGGUUGGUGUAUACCCUCGAUACCAUGGAUCCUUUCGUGAUGAUGAGAGCGAUGAGGACCCAGAAGGCGAUGAGGUUAUGCCUACCCAGAAGGUCGAUUCCCAGGCAAAGUUCCAGGUGUCCGAUCUCACGAAGCUGAAGCGGCAACUGAUUCUGGGAGCCCCCAGCUGCUGCAUCAGAUUCAGGUCAAGUCGGAAUGACCCCAUGACCUCAGGAUUUGACUGGUCCCUGGUGGACAGAGUUAUUAAAGACGGCAAAGGAAUGGAGGUGGUGGAAGUCCUGAAGGAUGUUAGUCUCAAGGGCCGGACCAGCAGUCAGGAUGGUGUGAUCAUCACACUGGCGCUGUGUAUCCGCAGUCAGGACAUCAAGACAAAGACAGCGGCUUUUGCUGCCAUGCAGGACAUUUGCACCACCCCUACCCUGUUGUUUCAACUCAUCAACUAUAUCGAGAUCAUUUCCAAGAAAACAAAAAGCACGGGUUGGGGGCGGGGCUUGAGGCGUGCCGUGUGCCAAUGGUACAACAGCCACGCCCACAACCCGGUGCACUUGGCCAUGCACGUGACCAAGUACGGAAGUCGGUGCCACUGGAGUCACCGCGACCUGUUCCGCCUGUCGCACAUCAAACCAGUCAACGACGCCAUCGGCUUCAUCGUCCGUUACCUCGUCAAGGGCUUCCAGGAGGCACAGAAGCUUUGUCCGGACACACGAUAUCGCGGUCAAGAGCAGCUACAGGAGGUGCAAAGGUACCUGAAAGCUGUAGACGAGGCCAAAAUGUGUGAGGAUGUACAGAGAACAAUAGAACUCAUCCGAGAACACCGCCUGGUACGUGAACACCUGCGCACCGAGAUGUUGAACAGUGCUGAGGUGUGGCGGGUCAUGCUUCCCGACAUGCCCCUCACGGCGAUGCUGCGUAACCUGGCCAAGAUGACCACCUUGGGACUGUUCAAUGACCCGGCAAACAUAAGCCUCGUGAGGGCAAAACUGACGAACGUGGAGGCCCUGAAAAAGGCGAGGGUUCAUCCACUGAAGAUCCUCACAGCUCUCCGUACAUACCUCAGAGGAAAAGGAGAGCGGGGAAAACUCGUCUGGGAGCCAAAUGAUGAGGUUGCAGAGGUCCUUAAUAUGGCGUUUUAUCAAAGUUUUACCGCUGUGGAGCCGACAGGAAAGAAGUUUUUGAUUGCUGUUGACAUAUCCAGUUCCAUGGCAGCUGCAUUUCACAACUCCAGCAUGAGUUGCCGGGAAGCUGCAACUUGCAUUGCCAUGGUAACAGCGAGGACGGAAACAAACUGUGACGUGGUUGGGUUCCACACUGAUCUGAUAGAGCUUCCCCAGUUCAAAGAAGAAAGCAAGACGCUUCAGCAGUUGGUGACAGCGACCCAGCACCUUGGCUUCGGAGCCACCGACUGCUCCCGACCCAUGACCUACGCCUGCGAAAAGAACAAAGACUUUGAUGUGUUCAUGGUGUUGACGGACAACGAGACCAACUCCCACCGUCUGCCGCCAUGGCAGGCGCUGCAGGAGUACCGCGAGGCCAUGAACAAGCCCUCGGCAAAACUCAUUGUGGUUGCCAUGACAGCACAUGACUUCAGCAUCGCGCGACCCGAUGAUGUCCAUAUGUUGGACGUGGUCGGAUUUGAUCCUGAACUACCUGAGGUCAUCAGGGAGUUUGUGAUGGGGCACCUAGAAUGAAAGUGCCUCAUCCAUCCUGCUGUUUCUCUGAAAAAACUACAAGAUGAAUUCAUGCAAACAUCUGAGUCACAUGUGUAUAUCAUACAUGUUGAUAUAAACAUGUACUGUGUGUUUUGCUUUCUACUGAUCACUGGACAUGGUGAGUGAGGGAAAUUGCUCAGUUCGUGCAGAAGAAACCAAAUGUGCCUCUCGGUUCUUUGUACACAGUGUUUACACAUGCUUGAGCUCUAUUUUGUAAACAAAAACAAAGUGUACUUGGUAGGCCUGCACCCAGCUCUGGUAGAAUACAUUUCUCUCUCCAAGAUAAACGUAUACCGAUCCCCCUCUACUGUACUUUUCCAAUGUUGUGAACAGUGUCACACAGGUUGUGCAAGUCUCCUGCUAAAGAUACUCCUUGGCUUGUCACGUGACUAUCCCUUUCACUGUGCACUGGACAAGCGUGACGUACUUUACGGCGAGGAGAAAUCAACGGAAAUGAUUCUGGAAGUGAUAUUCGAGAACAUCUUUGCGAUUUUAUUGUUGACAAGCAUA